GCCAUUCGUAAUUUGUCGGAGUUGACAAUGAGAUGAGUUCUUGAAUAGCGGCAAUGCAAUUCUGUCCUAAUUCGUCAGAAUAACAAAAAUCUCCUUAGUUGUUAGCGUCAUAAAAUGAUGAUGCUCAUUGGGCAAUGCUGAGUCCAGCCAGCGACCAUGACUCCCCUUCGGAUUCUUGUCUUCCCUUGUUGGCGUCUUCUAGCCUCUUCUCAAACCUUUCAUCUUCACGGCCUGACGCUUGUUCUUCGGAGACAGAUGGAACCAAUUUUACAGAUGCUGCGGCCAAUAGAGUUCUUUCAACUAUCAUCUCUAGCGCCGACGAUCUCUACUCGAGUAUCGAAGUCGAUUCACCUUCUCCCAAGAACGGCCCCUACAGUCCCCUCGUCCUCGACGCAACUCUAGCGCACAGCUCGGGCGAGAAUAUUGCCGGCAAUUAUGGACCCGUAACACGAACCUCAAAAACAAAUAUUCAUGGCGAUUGCCAAAGCAAUUCUUCCACGAGGCAUUUGUCUCGCUCAUCAUCGCUUCCUAGUGGUCGACAUCCUAAAGCUCUUGGCCUUAAAUCUUCUCCUGGCAUAGCCAUUGCUGAAGUCAUUGUUAGUUUGGACUCUGUUUCGACCGCCUCAGUCACAUCAAAUAUUGGAGAAACUUUCGUACCGCCCUCAACGAGCAAACCUCGAUGUCAGACACGCCAUCCCCAAGACAGCAAGUCUAUCAACAACGUAAACAACGAGCGCCUCUCGUUGACGCGCGACCAAUUCCCUUUACCUGAAACAGAGCCGGAAUCUUUUUUCAAUUUGUCUACUCAUGAGGCGGCAAAUCAACAGCUUUCUAAUUCCAUUUCAAUGUCAAUGGCAGUAGACUCGCCUCCUAACCCUAAACUUACGACGAUGACCGAUGCUGCUAACAAAGCCAACCGAAACUGCAAACUCACGGAUGCCGAGGCACGAGUCAUGUCUCGCAAGAAGAACUCGGCCGACGACGACAGUGUCAGCGACAUCUCCCGAGACGAAACUACUCCGGAUAUUGAUUUUGAGAGCGUGCGAUUGCCGGACAACCUGGAGAGCAUCCCGAAGGCGGACCACUUCCCUACACAGCGGCACCGAUGGAACACCAAUGAGGAGAUCGCUGCCUUGCUCAUCUGCUUCGAUCGUCACGCUGAUUGGCUCUCCAAAGAAGUCAAAAUUCGACCCAAGAGCGGCUCGAUGCUGCUGUACAGCCGCAAGAAAGUGCGCUACCGUCGCGACGGUUACUGCUGGAAGAAGCGCAAGGAUGGCAAGACCACACGAGAGGACCACAUGAAGCUCAAAGUGCAGGGUAUUGAGUGCAUCUACGGCUGCUACGUACACUCUGCCAUCCUGCCUACCUUCCACCGCAGAUGUUACUGGCUCCUGCAGAACCCAGACAUCGUGUUGGUGCACUACCUGAACGUGCCAUACCCUGAUGACAACAAGCUGGUGCUGGCCUCCAGCAUCUCCCUCUGGGCAGACAAGAAGGAGUGGACGAAAGAAGAGCUUAUCUCUCAACUUAAACCCAUGUUCUACAGUGAAGACGAGCCUGACGUUAACAAUGAGGUCGAGAUCUCGACGGUGGAGACCGUGGAGGCGAUAGUGUCGCAGCUGCUGGAGAAGCAGCGCGCCGCCCGUACCACCGUCCCCGCGGGGGGCAAGGGGGUCGCCCUCUCCCCCAUGCCUGGCGCCCUCCCCCCACUUACUGGAAUUUCCCAGGUGACGCCGUGUGGUGAGCGCCCCGAUAAACAAGGGAGCGAGGGUUCGACCCCCCGGUGCCUGAGCCUAUCCCAUGAGGGGUCUGAUCCCUCUCCCCUCUCCAUCACUUCUUCUACAUCAUCCUCUACUACCUCUGCUAUUUCCACCACCAACAACACCACGCUUCUUGACAAUAUCAACAAUAAUACCAUCAUGGUCAGCUCUGACAACACCAAUCACACCGUUGUCGUCAACACUAUAAGUAUCAGCAAUAGCCUCCUCAACGCCACAUGCAACAACGAUAACGACAACAUGACUGGUCAGGACUCACACAACAACAACAGUUGUAGUCCAAGCAGCAGCGGCGGCGGCGGGAACCACAGCAGCAGCACCAAGACCGUCCUAGCGGUUACGUCGGUCGCUGGUCCACUAGCUGAAGGCGCCUCCACAACCUUGAGCUCGAGUGCCACGCCCUUAAUAUUCAACCUGUCCACCAUCCAGGGAGGUGGAGGGCUGCUCAUCCUCAACAGUGGCGGUGGCAAUAACUCUACUUCCCACCAUUCCCUUCCCCUCGGCGGACCCCUCACUCUCACUUCUUACCUCGGCCACACACAAUCCUCCGUCACUAAUGCUGGUGCAGCAGUGGCUACUCCGAUGCAUCAUCUCCAUCACCAUCACCAUCAUCAGCAACACGCAACACAGCAGCACAUGCAGCACCAGCACCAUCACCACAUGCAGCAACAACAUUACCAGCAGCAGCACAUGACGGUGGCGGCUCAGCCUUUGUUGCAGCAUCAUGCACCCACUCAUCAUCUGAGGUCUCAAAAUCAGCACGUUCCUCAGUCAAUUCAGCAGCACGGUCAUCCACGCACCGUGCAUGUUGUGCAUCAGCAACACAAGACGCCACAACAUCAUAUGGAGGACCGAACAUCCCAGCAACAGUCACGAGCGAUUCCCGAUCUUCUACCACAAACUGGAGCAAGGAAAGAUUCUGUUGAAGCUGAUAACAAUUCGCAUCGUUCAACCGACCGAUCAACCGAGCCUUCAGGAAAUCAAAUUUCCGCGAAAAACCAAGCAAUCAAACGAGAAGGGCUAACCAACGGAAACUUGUCUCUCGAUUCCGGAACUUUUGCGAACUUGGUUUCCAGUCUCGAGGCUGGAGACAACAAUAUUGCCAGGGUUAGUCGCACCAGCAGUCACUCCAGCGCAGAGACAUUAUCCAAUUCGUCGAUGAUUCCCACUGCUGAGAGGCAUACGAAAGACGGCUUUCUUGGGAUCAAAGCCGAAUUGUCGGACCUCUCGGUGGAGAAAGAUGAAUUCUUCUCAGAUACCAUCGACCUAUCUCCUGAAGACAUCCAGCAAACCCUGAGCGCCAACCUGCCACAAAGUUCGUGUAAUCGCGACACCCCGAGCUCUGGCGUGGACGUCAAUCCUAUGGACUUUAUUGAUAACGACAUCACACCUCAAGACGACGAUGUUCUCGCUAACCUGUACGCAUUUGACAUGCUCACGGACUUCCCUGACUUGGACCACUACGACACCUCCCCGCCUGAUAACGCCAACAGCAACAAUAGUGACACGAGUAGCAGCACCAGCACCAAUCACAGUAGCACUAAAAGCGUUGCUAAUCAAAGCCAACAAACUCUUAAGAUGGACUACCGGGAGAACACUGCCAACAUCUCCGACUACUCCCCUGAGUGGGCAUAUCCUGAGGGUGGCGUGAAGGUGCUGGUGACAGGGCCCUGGUACAGCGACACCUCCCCGUACGAGGUACUCUUCGACGGCGCCCCCACCUCCACCACCCUCGUCCAGUCUGGGGUCCUGCGCUGCUACUGCCCCCCUCACGAGGCGGGUCUGGUGACGCUGCAGGUCGCCUGUCAGGGCUUCGUCGUCUCUAAUUCUGUGAUAUUUGAGUACAAAAAACCGCCCCUCGAGGAGUACAAGAUCAAAGAGGAGCCGGUAAGCACGGAGCAGGAGGAGGAGGAACUGUUGAGGUUCACGCUCGUGCAGCGCCUUGACGCCGUCGAGAGCAACCUGCAGCAGGCGCCGCUGGGGGGCACUACCUACCCUGAGGGUGGUGGUGACGGCAUCACCAGCUCCCCUCAUCAGAAGCUUAUGCUUCACAGGACACCUAACUUUGAGGAGGUGAUAGUGUCGUACUGUCAGCGUCUGAGCCGCCGUCCGUGGCUGGCGUCAGCCAACAAAACAAAUAUUAUAAUUUAUUUAUACGAGACGCCGUAUGUGUGUCAGGAGGUGAUAGUGUCGUACUGUCAGCGUCUGAGCCGCCGUCCCUGGCUGGCGUCAGCCAACAGCGCGGCAGCAGCGACAGGCACCGCGCGCUCUACCAUCGCACACGUCGUCGCCUCCCUCGGAUACUCCAGGGUUCUGACGACGCUGCUGCGGUGGCGGGAAGACUCCUCCUCGCUGGUGCUGGACGCAGAGUUGGACGCCAUGAGGCGCGACGUGUGGGGGCGAACGCCCCUGGCGUGCGCGGCCACCAAAGGGCACCUGGCGUGCGCACGGCUGCUCUACCACUACAGCCCGCAGGCCAUCGACAGUCUUGAUAAGAACGGCCGUACCCCAGUGCAGGCUGCUGCCAGGGCAGGUCAGUUCCUGCUCUACCACUACAGCCCGCAGGCCAUCGACAGUCUUGAUAAGAACGGCCGUACCCCAGUGCAGGCUGCUGCCAGGGCAGGACACGAGCGUUUGUCAGACGAGCUCUCCCAGCUGGAACAGACACGCAAGCGUUCGGCAGACUCUUCCUCUAUUACCCUCUUCCCUCCUCCCCUCUCAUCCCCUCUCUUCCCUUCAGUUGCAUGCUCCUCUCCAAACACCAUCACCCUCCACUCUGGCACCUCCACCGUCACGGUGGAAGGCGGUGCUGCUCUCCACAAUAUGGCUUCUCUCCACCUACCUUCUUCACCUUCUCCUUCUCUACACUUGACUUCAUCUUUAUCACCGCUUGGCUCUCACGUUCCUUGUUCUCCUCCACCUCCUCUCUUCUUCUCAGGCUCUUCUCAUCAAUCUUUCCCUUGCAUCUCUUCCCUUACUCGCUCUUCUUCUCAGUCGUCGUCUCAGUCGUCUCUUACGUCUCUGUCGUCCCACACGGGCGCGUCUCUGUCGUCCCACACGGGCGCGUCUCUGUCGUCCCAGGGCGCGUCUCUGUCGUCCCACACGGGCCCGUCUCUGUCGUCCCAGGGCGCGUCUCUGUCGUCCCACACGGGCGCCCCUAACGCCCCCCAAGGGAGCACCGACCACUUCCGUCCGUCCCUGCAGUUCUCCCAAGCCCAGCCGCCCGUCCACCCUGAGGGACGGUAUACAGGACCUUGUGGACACCCACAGUCCGUCCACAGUCACAGUCUGGACUGUCCUGUGGGCGGGGGCGAAGACCUCAUCUUCUUGCGACCCUCGCCCCGCCGGAACGACAUCCGUAAGCUCCGACAUCUGAGCGUCGACCUUCCUUUGAGCUUGGGUGAUGCCCCUUCGGACGGCCCCCUCCGUCCACAAUAUGGCGCCCAGGGGCCCUCCCUGGCGCCCCCCGAGCGUGGGGGUGACUGGGGAGCCCUGGCCAGUGUGGGGGGCAGACGCCCCCGUCUCAUCAAGCGUCCCUCAGUAGACUCCGGCAUCUGUCUGUCCCAUGAAGAUCCCUUCAAGAGGGCCAGCCUCGACUCCGGCCUCGAUGGCCUACAGAAACACGUCCGCGGUCACAUGGCGUCGAGUGCGAACGCAGAUGCUCGCGCUGAAGAACUGUUGUCGUCUCCGGGGCUGUUCGACCUCCUCCCAGUAGCUGCUGCUGGUCACGCUGCUGCCGCCGCUCUUCCUCCAGCUCUUGCGGAUGCCCACAGCGUUAUGGAUGAGGAAGAUAGCGCCGCUACUAACAGAGGACUAGACAGCAGCUACUGCAGCAGACAAGGCAGUCUCACCGCUGACGCGUCGUCGCUCUGCACCUCCGACGACAGUCGCGUGCUGUCGCUUGCUGAGACCAUCAUUGCUGCCCUGCCCGAGAGAAUAAAGAUCGACGGGGAAGAGCUGAUGGAGCUGCAGCGCAGUCCCUCUAAUGUGAUGGGGGAGUGUGGGGAGGCAGAGGACCUGGGGAUGGAGGUCGUGAUGCUGGCUGAUGAGUCUGGCCGCGGUGCUGCUGGAGGAGGGCUUGGGGAAGGUCUUAACGACCCUGGACCUGACAUGUUCACUUACAGGCUAAUGGACGCUGGCACACCGUGCUCCUCUCUAAGUCCUGCAUCAUCGUGCUGCCUUCCUUCUCCAUCACCCGCCCCCUCUUCUUCCUCGUUCUGUUUACCGUCUCCCUCUCCCGUACCUUCUUCGUCUUUCGCUCUCGACUCUUCCCCCACCACUGCGGACUUCUCCGAGUUCUUCCACGCCUCCACCAGAGACGUCUCCACUGACUUCUCUAACCUCACGCUUUCCGAUCAAGAGCAGCGGGAGCUGUACGAGGCUGCUAAGAUCAUCCAGACCGCCUACCGCCAGUACAAAGGCCGCAAGAAACAACAAGCUGAGCAAGACAAGGAACGUCAGGCAGCCGUGCUCAUCCAGAACUACUACCGCAGAUACAAACAAUACGUUUACUUCACGCAAAUGAGUCGGGCCGCGACGCUCAUACAAACCCAGUUCCGGGCGUUCUGUAAACACAAGCGCUUCAAGAAAGGCCUCGAGUCUGCCGGGACACACUCCUUCCCGAUGAGAGGCUCGCGUGAGUCUACACCCAUACCGAACCUCAAGCGAUCGUACUCGCAGCGACGCCAGCAUCAAGCUGCCCGCAAGAUCCAGCAGUUCAUGCGGCAGACAAAGCAGAACAGCAUUUGGGAGAUUCUGACGGAGAAAUCGAUUACAGAAAGAACGUCAAGCAGCACAGUUCCAAAUGUCGGCUCCAGACAGCCUACCACCCUUCUCUGCCCCUCCUCGGUCGGCUCCCCCGGGACAACGGGUGGUCCACUCAUCGGAGCGCUGCCGCCCCCAAACCCCAGUCGAACGCGGCAACUUGUCAUCGACUCCAGCCCACCAGAGCCUCACUCGUGAUUCGUCAAUUUAAGCGCGCGUUAGAGGUGACUGACCAGGUCGAUGUCAAGAGACGCAAAACAUCUUCUGAAGAUUUUCAACCUGUGAAGGAGCUUGUGAUCGAACCCUUUGACAAUCAUCUGUCUAUAAAUUGUGUCUCUCGUCCAAAAUCUGUAAUUGACUCUCAAUGCACUAGAUCAUCCUUAAAACCUCUGUACCGACUCCAGUACGGCAUAAUCCAAGCGAAGAUGAUUUUAUUGAUCAGUGCUGCCUUACCGUAUCCCGAAAAUUCAAUAAUCGUCCAUUUGAACCGUGAAGUGUCACGUGCUUGUGGCAGUGAUUAUGAGCGUCUUCUGUUAUCAGCAUUUUUUGGUCAUCUUCAGAUGGACAGAAACAGAGAUAGAAGACGGAACAUCGUUUGCGAGAGAAUUAUUCCCCGCGACAAAGUGUUUCUCCAGUUUCGGACAUUGUUGUGGAGGGCUGACACUUGAAGUGUCUACAUUUCUGUAGUUAAUAUUUUUCUAUCUUGUUUUAUUGAUUAUGUUACCUAAAUAACUUUUUUGAAAAAAUGUACACCUCUCAGCUACCUAAUUAUUUAGUUACUCGCUCUAUAUUUCUAGUUGUGUUGAGGACGACAUCUAGCUCCUAGGAUUAGAUAAAAACCAUCAAAGUUUAUCGAGGGUCAAAUUUAUAUUUUAAAUCAAAUGGAAUCGAUUAUUUUGAAUCAAAUCGAAUAGCUUACCAACGGCCCUCUCUUCACUGUACGGAUUAGGACAAAAACUUCACUGUACGGAAACAGGGCAAAAGCCCUGUUUUGAUUAUUGGAUACCUAGUCAAUAGUUCAAAUAAAUUAUUCAUUGAAGGGUCUAAAUGCUUUAUUUUAUUUGUGAGAUUUCUUCAACGUUCUCAUCGGUUACUAUUCGUUUAUUUAAGCAGUUUUCCCCAAGUAUUAAUGACUCUGUCAGUAUUUAAUUUUUAGUUCAAAGCUCAUUUGCUAUAAUGAACUUAACUGAGUUCCUCAAGUCGAAGUUAUUUCGUUACACUCUUCUUACUUGAAAGUGUUUUUUAGGAUCUUUGUAGAUGCAUGGACUAGUCACGAUGCAGAUAAGUCUCCGCUCAUUCAUUAGUAAAUCUAGAGCUAUGCAUUGAAAUCGUAGUAAGUGUUUCUCUAUUCUCGGUAGCCCGGGAGCAACGAUGGCUUUUAAAAAUGUGUGCUACAAUAAUCCUCCUAAUUAUCAUGUCUAAGUCAAUAAGUCUUUCACAGCUCCUUGUAGGUAGUCGCGCUUCCCCGUCCUGUCGGGCGUCGUCAGCCCAUAGCGCUAAGUUUUUCGGAGUAGUCUUAGCAAAUUCUCUCUCUUUUUGAUAGUAUCAACUUCUUGACUUUCAGUCUCUUCUUUAUGACAGACUCGAUUUAAAUCUUUGUCUCUUUUCCGCUCUUCCGAUGCUCCGAAUCCUCGUGUAGCCAAUAGUUAAUCUCGUCAACUUUUCUCUAGCCACAUUCAAGUAGCAAGCUUAAUGUUGACCUCAGUUUCGGUUAUCCAAUUGUAUAUCGAAAACGCACAGCUUUACAACCAAAUAAGUUCGCUUUCCAGUUCUUUCACAUUUGCUUGACUUUAAGGCUGAGAAUCGUAGAAUUUCAUGGAAUAGUAAUGAACUGACCGAGAAUUAUUAAAUGAAAUGUGUGUGUUCUAACUUUUUUUGUCAAUGUGGGUUCUUAUUCGAAUUUCAUGAAAAAAAUCAGUUUAAAAUGUUUGGAAGCUCAGAUCUCUUCUUAGAAAGCCUUUGAGAGCAUUCACCUUUGCUUAGUUUAUGUGUUCUCUCUGUGAUUGACAAGUUGGAAGCCAAAUAUGCCCAACUUCAUAGCUGAUUCGUAUUCUUUUCCUUGAGCUGACAUGCUGGCGGGCAUAUGAGUUUAUGCAAUAAUGUUGUAUAAGCCACAGGAUUGAAGUCCAAAGCUUUUGCUUAAAACAUGUCUCCCUCUUCACCUAUUACGAACCUCAUCACGGCCCUACUUCCUCAAUUAUCCAAUUUCCCUUACUAGAAUUAUAGCAUUUACCAAAUUCAAUAUUCCAGUCAAUCGGUGCAAGUAGUGGGUGAUGGGAAUGAGAAAGUAGGGACGCGUGAGGUUCAUUUCUCUGAAGUGUGGCGUAAAGCAUGUCAUGCGGAACUAGUCUGGGACCGUACUAACUGACCUGCUUUACGCAUGUCACUUAACUUUAACUAGUCUGGGGGCGUACUAUCAACAGUUUUUAAGAGUUCGUAACGCCGUCCUCCAAUCAAUGCUGGCUUUUCAAGCUAAACCCGACGAUCACAGAUGAGAAAUCGGUGGCUACGCGUACUUAGUACGAUACGUGUGGUUCGGGAAAUCCUGAUAGUAUAGCUUCUGGUUUACGGCGAUCGGGUGUGGUUUGCGACUUCUUAGCUCAGAGACUGAGUAUUAUAGCUACUGCGUGUCGAGGCUGAGCGUUCCCCUCCAACUAGAAACUUAAAAAAAAGUUUUCGUCAUAUAUUAAGUUUAACAAUUUCUUAUGGUUCCUCUGGUCUAUAAGCUGAUUCUAUAACAUUUACCUACCUACAUUGAUAAACGCUUUUAUGAAUGCGUAUGUUUUUACAGAUGUCGGUCGUCAAACUGAAUCAUUUGUUGCCUUCUUAUUGUUGUAGCUAAAUAGGAAUCAAAAUAGCAUUGUUUGUCGUUUUAAAUAGGAAAAAUAGCUUUUUUAAAAAGAUAUUGUGUAAUUUGUUUCAUUAUAUUUAACGGAGAACAUUUUUUAAGAAUGUACAUAGACCCGGUCUAGCUUGUUCGCGUUACCAUAUUUUAUCUUCUAUUACAAUUAAUUAAGAACGCGACGCGUGCACUGAUUAUUGUGCAUGUUAAUCAAGGAGAGACACUCUACAUGUGGAGUGAUAAUACGUACAUUACUGACAUACAAAUCAUCAAUUUGAUAGUGUUAAGAGUGGAAGUUCAAAGAGUUUUCUUAGCAUAACAUCUUUAUGCCUUUGAAGAUCAUGAGAUUUUACAAUUGAUUUGCUUUGCUUGCGGUUAUCAGUUUCGUAAAAUUAAAGGGGAUAGGUACUUGAAGUCGCGAGCGCUGUUUAAUGCUUUGGGUGCGCAAGUCUUCAAACUUGAGCUUGAAGCGAUUUAAAAUCGAAUAUGUUGUUUAUUAUGAAAGAUUGAAUUACCACAUUGUUCGUAUGUCGGUGCGUUUCAAAAGGCGUAAUUUAAUUUCCUUUGAGACGCAAGACUUUGAUCGUCACAAGCAGACUCCAUACAAACGUGCCAUACUACAUACUCGGCCGCCUAAUACCCAUGCACUAAUUUUUCUGCUGACAUCUGAUUUUGUAAGUAAUUUUGUGUGUAUAUCUUCCCUCGCUCCGAGAAUAAAAAGUCCGUCCUCUUUCUCUUAUUCGCUUAAGCAAAAGGCAAUUGCGCCCCCUUUACUUACCCUAACAAAAUUUAGAGUCGCCCCAGCUUCUGGUAAUCCAAAUCAGAACCUGCCGCGUCUGUAAAUUUUCACUGAGAAGUGUUUCAAGUUACGGAAUUGAUUUGAACCUAAAGGUCCUAUGAUUUGAGUGCUGCGAAUGACAAUUUGUUUGUGAUAUUGAUGUUGUGUGAAACAGUCUUGCUUACUGAUGUCUGUGUUGUGUUAAAAUCGGUGAGCAUUGGACGACUGAGUUUUUUAUUAUGGAAUUGUACUUCUCAAUGUCAAUAAGAGUCUUUAUC